GUCAUGUGAGGAGUCAGGCGGGUGUGCAGGGCGGUGCAGGGCAGCUUAUAUAGGGAGGAGGCGGCUGCUUCCUGCCUGCACAUCCUUCUGUCUGCUGCACUGGGGGGAAAUCCUGCAACAAUGUGGCACUCGCUCGCCCUCCUCUGUAUUUUGGCCUCUUUCACCAGCUCCCGCAAUGUCCCUCAUUUCAAGCCUCUGUCCAGUGACAUGGUCAACUACAUUAACAAGUUAAAUACUACAUGGAAGGCCGGACAUAAUUUUCCAAAUGGAGACAUUAGUUAUGUGAAGAGACUCUGCGGAACAAUGCUUGGCGGGAAGAAGCUGCCGGUCAGGUAUUCCUUUGCUGGAAAGAUGGACCUGCCGGAGAACUUUGACUCCCGGGAAGCUUGGCCAAAGUGUCCUACAGUCAAGGAGAUUAGAGACCAAGGUUCCUGUGGAUCCUGCUGGGCGUUUGGGGCAGUGGAGGCCAUUUCAGAUCGUGUCUGUGUGCACUCUAUGGGAAAGCUGAAUGUGGAGGUGUCUGCAGAAGAUCUUCUGUCUUGUUGCGGGAUUGAGUGUGGAAUGGGAUGUAAUGGAGGAUACCCAUCAGGGGCAUGGAGCUUCUGGACAGAGAAGGGUCUUGUAUCUGGGGGCCUGUAUGAUUCUCAUCUUGGCUGCAGACCAUACUCCAUCCCCCCAUGUGAGCACCACGUCAAUGGCUCCCGUCCGUCAUGUAAGGGGGAGGAAGGCGAUACUCCAAAAUGUGUGAAGAAGUGCGAGGAUGGCUACGCUCCCGACUACAGCAAAGACAAGCACUUUGGUUCUGAUUCCUACAGUGUCCCAAGUAGCCAACAAGAGAUCAUGGCAGAGAUCUACAAGAAUGGUCCAGUAGAGGGCGCUUUCUCGGUGUAUGAGGACUUUCCUACAUACAAGUCAGGAGUCUACCGCCACACCACCGGUGAGGAGCUUGGAGGACACGCUAUUAAGAUCCUGGGAUGGGGUGUGGAGAACGGAACGCCAUACUGGCUGUGCGCCAACUCCUGGAAUACUGACUGGGGUGAUAAUGGUUUCUUCAAAAUUCUUCGUGGAGAAGACCACUGCGGGAUAGAGUCUGAAAUUGUUGCAGGAAUUCCAAAAUAAUGUUCCAUCGAUAGGACACAUGAAGAGUAGUUGAAGGCUUGUCUUAACGGAAAAAGUUUUAGCCACAAAUGGAUUUUUUUUUUAUCAGAUAUUACAUUAUUUUACUGAAUAUUUUCAAAGACUGGAUGGGGGUGUAGUUGGGAGAUGUCUGGAUCCAACCAUCUGGUGAAAUGAUACUGCCUUUGUCUGGGGCUUGUGUUUUUGAAUGAAGCUGUGGGCACAGUAAAGGCAAAUUAUAACUCUAGAGUUCAGGUUUAGUGGAAAAAUAAUCAGGCCUCAUGUAUCAAAGCAUUCAAAAACUGGUAGUAAAUGUGAAUAGGAUCAAAAUUCUGUACAGAUUUAAUAUUCUUUGACUGAGACCCCUAUUUUUGCUACCUUAAGCCACCACUAGAGGGAGCUUCACAGAUUACCGCAUACUGUUUAUACAACAAACUUAAUGGCAUGCAGUGAGCUGCCCCUAGUGGUGCCUGCAGGAAAGCAGAAUGGUUUUAUUUUAACUUUAUAUAUGGGGAUUUUGGAGGUCUAUAUCACAUUCUGACGUUAAAUCUGUCCAGAACUUUGGACCCAAAAUGACCUUGUGUGGACGUUCACUUUAAGGGGCUCAUGUCAACCCAUUGAAGUUGAGUGUUCAUUUUCCAAAAAGCGAUUGAACAAUGAAAGCAGAGCUCUGAUUGGUUCCUCUGGGCAAUAAUCACUCACUACCCCUAAAAGCAGGAUAUUAUGGACAACCAGGUACUUUUUAUAGCCUUGAUACAUGAAACCAGAACGAAUAAAGUUGCUGCUGGAAAGUUUUAAACAUUUUUGCACAAUUUUUUUUAUUUUUUGAAUGUAGAAAUUUCACCCCCCUAGGCCUACGAUUGGAGGCAUUGCUUUUAGCAAGCAGGCAGAUUGCAGCAGAUCAGAAAGAUUGGUCUUUGUCUAUAUGCAUGAGGCCCAUGACAAAUUUCAGCCCAUUCUCAGCUUUGCAAUUGUCCAAAGAGGAGUUGUUUAGUAAAUCAUAGCUUUUUUUUUUCUGGGAACAACACCGUUACACCACCCUUGAUCGUAGGUUGUCUGGUAUUGCAGCUCAGCUGAAUUGAUGUGAAUGGGAUUGAGCUGCAGUACCGCACACAACCUGUAGAGAAGUGUGGCGCUGCUACUGAGAAAAGGCUGCAGUGGUUUCCUAAUCCUGGACAACCUGCUUUAACCACGGAGCCUUUAUAUCUACAGGCGGCUGACAUCGAUUCCUGUGAUGCGCUGGCCUCCUGUUGUGUAAUAACGUGGACUUUAUAAUGAGCUGAUUGCACAAUAUUCCAUUUAAUUUUAAGUUUUAGCCAUGUAAGAUGUAACUUUGUUCUAUUUGCCAAUAAAAUGCCUUGUCUUCCUUUUUA